CUAGGCUCCGGCAGCCGGAAGUCCCGCCUGCCGUGUAUCGACGCCGCUACCGCCGUCGUUGUUGUUGUGGUUGGUGCGCUGAGCUCCGCGGCUCCGAGAGCCGGCUGCGUCCCUUCUUCGCCGCCGCCAUGAAGUGGAUGUUCAAGGAGGACCACUCGCUGGAACACAGAUGCGUGGAAUCUGCGAAGAUCAGAGCGAAAUACCCCGACCGGGUUCCGGUGAUUGUGGAAAAGGUCUCAGGCUCUCAGAUUGUUGACAUUGACAAACGGAAGUAUCUGGUUCCAUCCGACAUCACUGUGGCUCAGUUCAUGUGGAUCAUCAGGAAAAGGAUCCAGCUUCCUUCUGAAAAGGCGAUCUUCCUGUUUGUGGAUAAGACAGUCCCUCAGUCCAGGAUCCACAGCAGUAGCCACUGUCCUCUCCCUUCACUCCGCCACCCUGCUUCCCCUGCUGGAAAAGAGACAGAUCCAGGUCCAGUGGAAGCACGUGGGCUUCAAAGCAGAUGGAUGGCCAGGUGGCCCAUCGGUCCAGCCAAUUCAUGAGUCAGGCUGGAUCCCACAGCCUCCAUAAGCUGACCUUGGCUGGGGCCAAGGAAAGCUGGUGCAGGGACGGGGCGUCCACGAUUCUAGGUCAGCUGCCCCCGAUGCCUAAGCUGUCGAGCAGCUUAAAACCAGUUUGUCCUCUGCAGCAUGGCUCUUCCUAGAUGUGGGUCCUUCUGAAAAGCGCAUUUAUUACUGGUUAGUUUGUCUAGACCUGUUUGAUCUUGAAUGGAGGGGUGGGGGACAAGGUUUUAGGGAGCAGUUUAGGGUCAUGCCACUUGGGAUCCCACCACACCUUGGCUUGCCUCAAAUCUGCUGUUCGCUUUUCCCGUUUCUUCUGUCAGACUGAGAGCUUGAAGGUGGCUUCCUCCUUAGAUGACUGUAACACACGGCACCGCAGCGUUAGUGCCGGGCUGGGGGCCAUUCUCGGGCGUCUUCUGUAGCCGUAACUCGGGCAGGAAUCCUUGGCCUUGCGGUGCUGCCCGUGGGUUGCCAGCCUGACUGACGCGUUCGAGCAGCCUGCCUGCGCCGCCCUGGCGCUCCAGCGGCGGCCCGCCUGUGCUGAGUGCCCUGGGCCUCCGAAUCCUGAGGGGCCCCGCUUCUCAGCGGCGUGGGGCUUGUCGGAAAGGAGCAGCCAGCCUUCUGCUGUGCCUGGAGAAGAGAGGCGCGAUUUACAUCCCUGCGCUUCUGCUUGGCUAUCCUUUUAAUGGGACUUGUUUUUUUAAAUUACUUUUAAACUGCAUUUGUAGCCCAGCUCUUUUUUGGCUUCAGACCUAGUUAUUCUGAUGCUGUGUGUGUGGCCUGAUCGCACAAGUGCUGUUUUCAAAUCAUACUGUACAGAUGCUUUCUCGGCACUAGGAAGCCUUGGAACCAGGUGUCCAGUCAUGGGCGCGGACUGGAGCGUUUAGAUCCCAGCCAUGAGCAGUCGGUUUUCAAGUUCCUGCCCAAGGGAUACCUGAGUAUAAGGACAUAGUGCUCUUGCCAACUGAGUAGACUCCGCAUGAUGCUGCGUGGCAGAGAAACGGAGAACAGCGAGCAGGCUCUUAGAGUCACUAGGCAAAGCCGUCUAGUUAGGAAAACACACGAUCUGAAGGAGGGGCCCUAAGACCUGCUCAGCGUGUGGUACAGAGGCUGCAGCAGGGGUUUCCCUGGGAACUUGUUUGAAAUGUAGAACCUCAGGCUUGACCUUGACCUUCAGAAUCUAAAUGGCAUUUUAACAAGACAUCCAGGUGAUUCCGUAUGCAUGUACACAUGUGAGGAGCGCUGUUCUAAGGGCAAUCUUUGCAGAAGGUACUAGAACGCUGACGCUUGGUUGUUAGAUCCAGUUGUGUAUUCACGUGAAGGCGGCACACCUUGGUGGCGAGGGUAUCUCCUAGCUGUGUGACCUGGGGAGAAUUAUUUAACCUCUGUGCUUCACUUUUAUUGUCUGUCAACUAUGGGUUAUGAUUGUACCUGCCUCCUAAGACUGUUCUGAGGGUAAAGAGUUAUGUAUGAAAUACACUUAGAACAAGUGCUUGGCACAUUAAGCGUUUGCUAUUAUAGUUAGAAUUUUUAUGAUUGGCCUCUGUAGCUGCUAGGGCACUGGUAAACAGAUUUAUAAAUCCAAGUUUUACCAAAAGACAAUGGAAUCUAAAGACAGAAAGCACAUGGUUAUAGAGCUCCCUCCCACAACCCCAUCAGAGUCUCCGAGCUUGCCUUAGCAGUGGGCCCAUGGUCAUUCACUGCAGACAGCAUUCAGAGCCGGGGGUUUAUAAAGCUCCUCUGGUAUUUCUAACUCAGCAGCAGGAUUUCGAGUCACUGCCCUUGAGCUUGUAACUUGCUAGAAGAGCAGAACUUAGGCUGGCAGAAGGAACCAAACUUGACGUAGACAAGCAGGGGUUGCUGCCUUUGAAUUGCACAGUGCCUGUUGCUUCCAGGCCCCAUGGGAACGGCUCUGGGGAAACUGUAGUCCAGGUCUCAUCAGGAGCGACCUGCACACGUGUACUAGGUGGUGCGGAGCGGUGGCGAGGGCAGCAGCUCUUUUCCCCUUUGCCUCAUUUUGAGGAUUCUCAGGGAAAAGCUGGGUUCCUUAGGGUGCCAGUGGGCUUCCCUGGUGGCUCAAACGGUAAAGCGUCUGCCUGCAGUGCGGGAUACCCGGGUUCAAUCCCUGGGUUGGGAAGAUCCCCUGGAGAAGGAAAUGGCACCCCACUCCAGUACUCUUGCCUGGAAAAUUCAAUGGACUGAGGAGCCUGGUGGGCUACAGUCCAUGGGGUCGCAAAGAGUCGGAUGCAACUGAGCAACUUCACUUUCACUUCACUUUUAGGGUGCCAGUCACCGGAGCUAAAAGUCUUGGUGAGAGAUGUGGCUACUCAUUCCAGCCUUUUGCUAGUUGCUGGCUCCUUACUCCACUUCCUGGCUUGUCCCUCUUCUUCCUAGUAAGGUGCUCUUAUAGAUAGGCAUCUCCCCCUCUGGCAAAAGGAUUGUUUCUCAACUUGGCUGUACAAGGAAUCAUCUUGGGCAUCUUAAAACUUAUUGAUCCUGGAUCCUACCUCCAGAGAUUCUGCUUUAAUUGGUCUGGGGGAGGGCUUGGGCAUGUUUUUCAAGCUCCUCAUUGUUUCUGCAGCUGAGGUGGAGGCCCGCCACUCGGAACAGGCUGCCCCCGGGUCCUCACGUGUUCCAGGGCAGUUCGGUCCAUAAAGUGGCACACAAGCCACCUGUGUGAUUCUACGUAUUCUAGCAGCCACGUUAAACAAGAAUAGUAUAUCUCACCUAUCUGAUAUACCCAAAAUGUCAUCACUUCCACAUGUAAUCGAAAUUGAGAUAAUUUUACAUCUUUUUUUCCUAUACUUUGACACUGAAAUCUUGUGUAUACUUUACACUUACAGCACAUCACAAUUCAGAUGAACCGCUUUUCAAGCGCUGAACACAGGUGCACAGUGGCUGCUGCAUUGGACAGCAGAAACAUAGGAUGUGUCUAUCAAAGCAGAAAUUUCUCGUGGACAGUGCUGCUUCAGGGAGUCCUCAGAGCCUGGCAGAGCACAGUUCUUAUUGUACAGGACGCCCGGGACAGGCUAUUUUGUAUUCAUACUCAUCCACUCCUACAUUGUUACUAAUUCUCACCUGCCCACACAGCCAGCCCUCUAGAGAGGCAGGAAGAAACUUCCCCUUUAUACAGAAAUGUGGUCUCUGCCCGUUUACGUGGAGGUCUCACAGCAGCCAGGAGCAAAGCAGGGCCGUGGGGCAGCCUUGUCUUUACCAGCUUGAGGCCCCGACCCCUCUCUGUGUACCUGCUGGCCCUGGUUUUACUGAGUCCUGCAUGGAGGCAUCUGUUGUGGCCUCUUUGGGCUUAGUGACCUCUCAUGUCUUGAGCUGGUUCCCAGACUGCUGGUUGACACCCCAUCUCCCUGACACGUAGUCAUGCCCCGUUCAGCACGUGUCUGCACCUCCUGCUCGUCUCCAGUGGUGCGGUCAGGUGGCCAGAGCUCAGGUGUUCCUCGUCUUAACUCUGGAGCCCGUGCAGCUUGGCUUUACGGCAGAGCACGCUCAGGUCUCCUCUGCUGCAGUCUGUUGCACUGCUAAGGGAAGCCAGCUCUCCUCCCCCGCAUGCUUAGCUGGAGCAGUGUCUGUUCACGGAGGCUUCUUAGGCAGGACUUCCUUGGCUCCCGAUACAAUCUGAGAGCUGCUUGCACUAUGUGCGAGGAGAGUAGCUUCCCUUUGAUGACGCUGAUGCAGGUCUCGGGCACAGGUUUCUGGCGGGGGAGGUUCCAUAGGAAUCAUGUCAGGUACUAGUUAUAAAUCUUCAGAGGCCAGCUGGAAGGAGGCACUCUUCCCCACCUUUGUCCUCCACUCCCACAGAUGGGCUCUUGGGCUCUUGUUUCGGUUUUCUCCCCUGCCCCUGGCGUUCAGGAAGCAUUGUGAAAGCACUCCUUGGGAGCUGGGGCUGGCUUCUGAAGGAUUUCCUCAGAGUGAGGGUGCGUCAGAUGGCCUUGCCUUGAGAUAUGAGGCUGACUCUAGUCUAAUCCCCGAUUCCCCGAGGCUUAAUUACUUUUAUCAACCUCCCACCAGAGGUGUUACAGAGAGUAGCUAGUUUAAGUAGUGGGCUCCUUAUCCUCAAACCAUUUUUCUCCCAAAAGCUGGACUCAGUCAUCAACCCCAGUUCUCAGUGUUCUCUUUUUGUUUCUCUCCUUCAAGCCUAACUAUGGGACAGCUUUACGA